UAAUAUGAUAAAUAGAUUUAUUUUUUUAUCCAUCCUCAAAUGAAAACAAUCUGCUGGUGGUGGUUGUUACUAUCUCUUUCGGCACCGCUUUAAUAGAAAUUUUCCUUCUUUCUGUCUACCUGGAUCUGCGAAAUCAUUUCCUCUUCUCCGUCUAAAGGUGGUUUUUGGUUUUCUGACAUCAAUGGCGGGGGAUUGUAUUGAUUUUGUGCAAUUGCUCAACCAUGACUUAUCAUCGAAUAUCUUGUCGUAUUUGGAUGACCCAGCUGAUGUUGUUCGUGUUAGUUCCGUUUCGCGUGCUUGGCGUCAAUUCGUGAUUUCAAAUGGCAUCUCCAAGAAUCUCUGCUUAAGAUUGUUGCCAGAAGUAUCACAUGCUGUGCCUGCGAUUGAAGAAAACAACAUAGUAGAGCCACCAGAAGUCAAGUCCACUGAUGACAUGGAAGUGGAGAAAUUGAAGAAAAAUCAUCGAGUUUAUGCCUUCCUAGCACAAGGUCUGGCUUCUUCCCCGGGAAAUUGCAUUUCUGAUGCGAUAUGUGCAUCCAGCACCGAUAAUUAUCCUGAAGAAAGCAUUCUGCACACGUUGGAACCUAGAGAUAGGGUCGGUGAGAGGGCUUCAUACUGGUCAAGUGAAGGAGAGAGUGAUCAAGGGGUGCCUGAGACAUUAACUUUUAAACUGGCAUCCAAGUUGUGUUUUAUUAAUGAAAUCAACAUCCAACCAUUCCAAGCAUAUUUCCAGUAUGGUUUUCCUAUAUAUUCGGCCAAGUCUGUGCGCUUUCGAGUUGGCCAUUUUACUGAUCAGCAUAUGGAGACAGAUCUUGUGGAUGAGUUUGAGGCAGGUCAUAGACACAUUGAAGAUCACGUGGUAUGGACAUACACCUCAGAAGACUUUCCAAUGGCUCAGGAAAAUUGCUUACAAAAGUUCAAGCUACCAGAACCUGUUUUCGCUGUUGGUGGAGUUUUGCAGAUUGAACUCUUAGGUCGGGUUCAGCAGCAGGAGAUGGAUGGGUUAUACUACGUGUGUGUUUCUCACGUUCAAAUCCUGGGACGCCCAUUCAAAGAGGAUUUCGUUGCUGAGUUUGUUGAUCUCUCUGGGAAGUGCGUGCUGAAGUAUAUCUCAAAACUAGAUGCUGCUACUGACUCUAAUCCUUCUACAGGUGAUGCAUUAGAAGAUGGCAGCGGUGGUAGUACGCCUGGCCCGUCUAGGUUGCAUUCUUUCACAGCCAGGCUAGUGCAGAGAGCAGGGAUGGGUAUCGAGCGCAUUUUCUCUUUACGUGGGCAUGGUGUGCUCAUUAUGGACGAGGAUAGCAAUGAUGAAGACGAUGAAGAUUACGAAGAUGGGGAGAAUAAUAAUUUAGACGAGGCUGAAUCUGAUGCUGAACAAGCUUGAUUAGGCUUUGCAUAUAGAAUGGAAAAUAAAAAUUUAGACUGCCAUCUUUGGCAGCUAAAAUUUUAUGUUUACUGUGUGCUAGAGAGACCAAAAGCUGGAGGCAAUACUUUCCCCAGUAACAUUUGUUUUGAUGCCUUGAUGGAGAGUCCUGAUUUUCUACUUCUUUAUUUGAUGCUGCAGUGAUGGUAGCAUCACUAUUUUUAUUUUAUUUUAUUUUCUGUUGAAUUUGUUUUCAUUUGAACUCACUUCACUUGCGCAUUCCAUAUUUAGAGAUGGAGUCUUAAAUGUGCCUGAGAUGUUUCUUUC